UACCCGCUUGUUGUCGUCUUUAAUGCACCAAGCUGACCAAAUUUGUGGAAGUGAAAGAAGAUACUCUUAGCUAUUGUUGAAAUUUUUUUUUUCUGAUUCUGCCUGAUAAGAUACUGAUAUAGUUUUCUUGUGGCAGUAAACCUUAAGAUAUUUAUUCUACUUUAUAGUGUAAGCAUUUCAAAUGUUAGUUUUUUGAAUGAGGGCCUGAGUUAAGCGCUAGUUUUACUCUUGAUGACCUUAGCAUCAACUAGAUUUAGAUUGUUUUUCUUAUUGUGCAGGUUCAGUUCUCACUUCUGAUCUGAUGGUGUUUACUGUUGGUCACAUUGUUGAUUUUGAACUGAAGGAUGAAUAGAUGUCAAGUCCAUGUUUGUAGGUAAGAAGUUUUGAUGAUGCAUGUUCUCUAUUAAAUUCUCUUUCUUUUAUCCCCUUUCUCCGACAAUUCAAAUAUCAACUUGCAUAUUUUAUCCCUAGUAGCUUUGUAGCUGUUGGCCAAGUGGGCCAUAACAGCUAACUCAAGGUUAUAUUCUCGUCAUAGUUUACUCCUACAUUUCUGAAAAUGUAUUGCCACACGUCAUCUAUAUUUCAAGUCUUCAUUCCCAAAUUCUGAUGGUUUUUUUUCCUCAUUUUAGGUUAUAUGUGGUAUAUAAUUGGCUCGAUAUAUUUACCUUCGUCACUUGGUGUUGAAUAUCAAGUUAAUGCUUUUUUCUUUCCAAAUAUGCUGAAUUGAAAAUGGUGUUGCAGGCGCAUUGUGGUUAUUGGUUAAACCCUGUGUUCUCUUCAAAAUAGAGUAGCUCAGUCUGCUGUUUUGCAGUUAUAUAAGUUGUCUCUUUCGGGGAGAGCAAAGUAUAUGAUGUCUCUAUCUACUCACGGUCAAUUAUCCUCAGUUUGGGGAGCCGCCUUUAUUGUUUUCCACUGCAUCAUGUCCUAGCAUUCUAAUAGGAUGUUGCCGUUGAUAGCCUUGUUUCAUUUGUGAAAGUAAGGGCAUGUUGAUUUACAAUUUUGGUGUCUUGACCUCCUAAGAUUCAAGGCUUAAAAAAAAUUCAGUGUACUCUAAUUUGAAUGGUUAAUGCCAGGGUAGGUCCUGCAGAGAAUGGUGCUUUCUUUUAGCAUGCUGAAAGUAUGCCUCUUGAUGGAGUGCAUUUUGCGUCUCAACGGAACCCUGCACCAAUGUCAAAUGCAUUUAUUUCCUCAAGCCACAGUGUUGAAGUGUCAUAUUAUCAGCCAGAUGCUGCAGGCCCAUCUCAUGAUCCUUUUCUGCAUUCAUCAACAGUGGGAACCUUUUGUGCAGUUCCAGAAAAUCAUGCACAUGCUUCGUCUUCCAAUUAUGACAGACAGACGAUUAAUGGCGUUGAGGGUGACCUUUUUGAUCUUACAAUGGGCAAUGGAAGGGGGCCCCACAAGCGAAAAAGCCCUGGAGUCCCCUCUUCAUGUGAAGGGGGCAGUACAAGCAGGUAUUAUGGUGCUGGAAGUUCAUCGGAUCCCUCUGUGCCUUCCGAGUUGCGGCUGGAGAAACCAAAUUUAGAUCCUCAAUAUAUGGUCUGGGAAUGCAUUACUAUGACCCCUGGCCAUCGAGGCAAUCUCUCAAUUGGGCCUGAGAGUUCUAUCAGGAAUGUUAGAAGCAGGCCUGCACUUGAUCUAGAAAUCAACCUGUCUAGGACCCAUUUAUCUAACAAUUCUUCCCAUAAUUCCUAUCAUGCAGGUCACCCUUUUGACCAUUCCAGCUCAGUGGAUUUCUCAAGUCAAAGUUCUAGCGCUAUGACACAUAACUGGAGCCAUACCAGAACAUCUACUGCUUCUGGAAGGAUGCUAGUUUCGGAUGCUAAUGGUUAUACUCAUGAGACAAACCACUUCCUUGUUGGAAGCAGCAUACCUAAUGCUUCUGCAGAUGUUAGGGGAUAUCACCAUGAUUUCAUUUCAAGUAGAAACCCUGUUGUUCCUCAAAGUUUCCAUAGUGCCUCAGCACAUUCUGCCAGAGGCAUUCGCAGUAGCUAUUCUCAGAGACCUAGCCCAACUUUCAGGGCUUCCUCCAGCAGUUUGCGGUUGGGGCAUAUGGCACCUUCUGACGAUGGGAUGCCAUUGGUUGCCGAAAAUUUCUCAUCCAGACAACCAAGGCUAUUAUCAACUGCAGCUUGGCGUAAUAGUGAUAGGAAUGGGAGAUCAAGGAAUUCUUAUGAGAGAUACAGAUCGCUGCCCAAUGAGCCAAGUCUUCAUGAUCGAUUUUCAUCUGAGGGUUUUAUGGUUGUGGAUCGCUCAGCCUUUUAUGGAUCCAGAAAUUUGUUUGAUCAGCAUAGGGAUAUGAGGCUAGAUAUAGACAACAAGAGCUAUGAGGAACUACUUGCACUGGGUGAAAGGAUUGGGAGUGUCAGCACAGGUUUUGAUGAAGAUCUGAUAUCCAAGUGUUUGACAGAAACAGUAUAUAGUUCUUCAGGCCAAAGCGAGGAUGAAGGAACUUGUGUGAUUUGCCUGGAGGAGUACAAAGAUAUGGAUGAUGUUGGUUCGUUGAAAUUUUGUGGCCACAAUUACCAUGUGAGCUGCAUCAAGAAAUGGCUAUCAAUGAAGAACUUGUGUCCAAUCUGCAAAGCUUCCGCUGUGGCUGAUAACAUGAAGGAAUAAAUUUCAAGUACCUUGUCAACCAUUUACAUUUUUUUUUUAAUUAUCCAAAACUAUUUAUCAUUGUUGUAUAUAGUACUUGCUCAAAAGAAGAAACAGAUGAACUGAUUUUUCUAGGGAAUAUGUAAAUGAAUGCUAGUCAAUGUUAAAUCAAUUUGUUGGAGGUUCCCAUCUCAAAUUUGUGGAGCCUGAAUGCUGUUCCAA